AUGUCAGGCGGAGUGGACUCUUCGGUCACGGCGAAACUGCUGUCAGAGAAAGAUUACGAUCUCUCCGCGGUCUUCAUGCGCAACUGGGACACGCGCGACGAAUCCGGCACGGACAAAGGCUGCGAAUGGGAGAAAGACUGGGAAGACGUUCAGCGCGUUUGUGAGAAGCUAGACAUACCUUGCCAGAUGGUCGAUUGUUCUCGGGAAUACUGGCUGCGCGUGUUCGAGCCAUCAUUGAAGGCAUGGGAGUCUGGUGAUACGCCCAAUCCUGAUAUCUGGUGCAACAGAGAAGUUAAAUUUGGUGCUCUGCUCGAUCGCCUCACGGAAGGCACACAAUUCAUUGCAACAGGACAUUAUGCGCGCAAGGGGCAUCAUCCGGUUUCGCAGCGGCCGCAACUUCUCCGGCCCGUCGAUCGCCAUAAAGACCAGACAUACUACCUGUCUUCGAUCACAGAAGCUAGUUUGUCUAAAACGCUCUUUCCUCUCUCAGAUCUCCGAAAAAAUGAAGUCCGCGAGAUAGCAGUGCGUGCCGGACUGCACACAGCUUCGAGGGAAGAGAGUAUGGGCAUAUGUUUUGUUGGGGAGAAACGUAGCUUCAAUCAAUUUCUCGCGGACUACCUUCCACCAAAGCCAGGUCCCAUAAUUGACUCAGUCACUGGUCACACAAUUGGCGAGCACCAGGGUCUAUGGACGUACACCAUUGGGCAAGGAGCAAAGAUACGUGGAAUGCAGGAGAAAUUAUUUGUUGCACACAAGGACAAAGAACAAAAUACGAUCUUUGUCGUUCCGAGCAGAUGUAGUCACGAGGAUUUACUCGUCUCGAACAUGCGCGCAAAAGAUUGGUCGUGGAUCUGGGCCGAUGAACCGCCCUCUGCUAUCGACACCCCGGAAGGCUUCCAUGCCCGCAUGCAGUUCCGGCAUCGUAUGAUAGACGUGCCUUGUGUGGUGCGCAGAGUCGCCGACGGCUCUAUCCUAAUAAAUUUAGACGCGCCUCAAAAGGCUGCAGCAACAGGACAGAUUGCCGCGAUAUGGGACAGAGACUGGUGUCUAGGUUGCGGGACCAUCGACGCUAUUAACCUGUCGACAGCAUCUGAGCAUGUAUUCCCUGCUUGA